UUAUAGAUUUUAACGAACAAGUUAGGUAUAUUAGUAGGUUACUUUAUGUAAGACGAUAAGUACACACCGCUACAGAUGGUGCGAAAACAAUGAGAUUAGAAAAUAUAAAAUACCCACGUUAUGCACCCACGUGGUUAUGUUUUGUAUUCAGAGGCGCCACUAAACAGGGCGGAGUGGGAUGGGCGGAGGGGACUAGAACGAGGAUGGUGGGGUGGUAGUGAGCGCAGAGUGCUGGAAAUGGGAACAAAAUCAAUAACAUCAAGAUGCAGCGAGCCACGCCAACACUGCAGUGUGGCCCCGAUCGUACGCGUCGUGCUGUUAAAUGCGUACUUUGAACUCGACGUCGCACGCCGGGGACGUGAGGACGACGCCGCCGGGAUGAUCGGCCCGAUGACAUUACGCGAGGAUAGUGAAGACAAUGUGACCAUGAAGCAUAUUACCCGUUGUACAAUAUGGAAUAAGUUCAGCAGAGGCAGGCAACCGGAAUGCGACUGUUAUAUCGCAAUAGUGCGGAACUAA